UGCAGAAGAAGAGCGACGCGCCUAAGACUCGAAGUCGAACGAAGCGUGCAACUAGGAGAGCGCUCUGGAGCCGUACAGUGUUGGUCUUUUCUUUACUAAGAUCUCACUUGUUGAUGUUGAUGGGCUUGGACACUUGGUCACUGCUCUGUGUGAAUAGGGAAUAAAACGGCUUCUUCUUGUAUUAUUUCUCCUGUCUUUCUGCCUGCCCUGCGUCAUGACUUCUGGUUAUGCGCAUGUAAUGGACAGACAAGCCGCGCUCCCCAGCCGCCUGGACAGCCCGAUCACAGCCAAUCUGGACACGCUGCAGGCCAAGAAGAACUUCUCAGUGAGUCACCUGUUGGACCUGGAGGAGGCAGGGGAGAUGGUGGGCACGCCGGGCGAGGAGGGCAGCGGAGAGGCGCCCAGGAGCAUGCUCGAGUCCCCGGGUCUCACGAGCGGCAGUGACAGCGCGCAGCAGGACAAUGAGCAGCUAAGUGCUGAGGAGAAGAAGAAGCGCAAGCAGAGGAGGAACCGCACCACCUUCAACAGCAGCCAGCUGCAGGCCCUGGAGCGCGUGUUUGAGAGAACGCACUAUCCCGACGCUUUCGUGCGGGAGGACCUGGCGCGUAGGGUCAACCUCACUGAAGCACGUGUGCAGGUCUGGUUUCAGAAUAGGCGAGCCAAAUUCCGCAGGAAUGAACGAGCCUUGCUGGCCAGCAAGAACGCCUCCCUUCUCAAGUCAUACUCUGGAGACGUUACUGCCGUGGAACAGCCCAUCGUACCUCGCCCUGCCCCUCGACCCAAUGACUACCUAUCCUGGGGGACCUCUUCUCCAUACAGUGCCAUGGCUACUUACCCACCCACUUGUGCCAACACGAAUACCGCUCAAGGAAUGAAUAUGGCCAACAGCAUCGCCAAUCUCCGCCUUAAGGCUAAGGAGUACAGUUUGAACCAAGUGCCCACGGUCAACUGAAGGGCUGGACAGUGCUUUUGGCCCCAGGGAUCUGCAGUGUUCUCCUUACCCAAGAAAAGGGAAGCAACGGGUUGUGAGCCAGCUCUGCCACGAGAACCACAAAGUCAGCCUUCCGCUUCAUGGCACGUCAUCUUUUUGAUGAAUGUAUUUUCUUUUUAAACACUUUUCUUAAACUUGCAUCUAUUAGACAGAAAGUAAGACUGAGCUAAGACUUGAAAACGUUUUGCUCAGAGGACUUAUGCAUUCUUCUAGAAGACACACUUUGGGAUGCUGUAAUACAUAGUAACUGGUUCCGAUUUCAGUUUACAAAAGAGGACAAGGCAAAGUGGAUUAAAUGUAAUCUCUGUAUAUAUCUGAGAAAAUACUGCUUGCGUGCACUCCUAUUAGAAACCCGUCAGUGAUGGUGGCUUCCAUCUGAUGCUUCCUGGAAACCCCGCAGCUCUAUCUCAGCGGCAGAGAUCAGACUUUCUUGUCUACAACAGCCAAAAUGAACAGAAGACUGAACUUUUACCUGCAUAAAGAGAACCCAACUGGAGACUAGAGCACUGUAAAUGAUGUCCUCCUUCGAAUAUAGCCAAGCUGUUAUUAACUUUUUGAGUACCUUUUAUUUCCCUUUGCAUUGUAUACCACUCACAUGCAGAUGUCACCAAUGUACUUACGUUAUGUAUAUGAUACAGGCAAACAAAUGUAACUCGGUUUGUGAAAAAUGCAUACUUUUUGAACCCAAAACAUUUAUUUCUUUCACUUUGUAUAUACUUCGAUUGUAUCCGUAUUUGUAACAAGAAUCCUAUAUAAUAAAAAUGCUGUUACAGCAAUGCAGUGGAAGCAAGCUACAGAGGGGUUGCAUUAUACAGGUAGAGAACUCCCACAGAACGUGUACUCUAAUCAUUUUAAGGUUCGAAAUUGCUUUGUUGUUGCUCGACUUCACCCAUCAAGCUUUGUUUAGGUGAAUUUUCAACGUAUUCUCGUUACAGUGCAUCUUAAAUUUCCUGGGCUGUUGCUGGCAACAGUAAUGCAGUGUUGAGGAAAACUUUUAUAAUCUCUAUUCCGUAUUGUGCCGGUGCAGAAACAGGGUCAUGUAGAAUAAAUAUCAAUGAAACA